AUGACGUUAUUGUCAAAAGUAUUUAACAAUAGCUCGGAGCGGCUGCUGCUGCUGUUGACUUCUUCUCACUCGCGGAAGUUAACCCCCACAUCGUCACGCAGGUCGUCAUCAGCAUUAUCUCCAAUGAAUUCGGCUGCAUCCUACUCAUCAUCAAUAGCACCUACAAGGACAAAUACUGGUCGCAGUGCCAAAUCACUGAGCUUUCCCAGUACCUCACCUGCAUAUACCUUGUCUAUAGCACUUGAGUCACCUCCGAUUAUAUUAUAUGGUAGUCCCUCGGAGUCUACCGGUUUCAUCAUAUCUGGGCUACUAAGGUUGAUAACAACAAGUGAGAUUGAAUUGGAACGAGUCACGCUUACAUUGAGACAAACUAUGAGAUAUACGAAACCAUUUCUCAUUCCAAACUCAUCGACGAUAGCUAAUUGUGAAGAAUGUACUAACAAGACAGAAGAAUUGGCCCGUUGGGAUGUUUUAACCUCACAUUUCAAGUUCGCUCCAGGCAACCACGCCUAUCCAUUUUCACAUUUAUUGCCAGGAUCCCUACCUCCGACUUCAAAAUUAGGAUCGUCCAGCUCACACUCUUUUAUAAAAUAUGACUUAAUUGCGGAAGUCGUAGCUACCGAUACGGUGCAAGAUAAAAGACUAGUACUUCCUAUAAACAUAUCACGACUGACUUUAAGAGGACCAGACCGAAAUUCCUUGCGAGUUUUCCCUCCUACUGAAGUUACUGCAAGCGCCGUAUUACCAAAUGUUGUAUAUCCGAAGUCGACUUUCCCAAUUGAGCUUAAGUUGGACAAUUUAGUGAGUGCUUCACAGCAAAGGAGAUGGAGAAUGAGAAAAUUGGUGUGGAGAAUAGAGGAAAAUAUCAAAGUCAAAGCUCAUGUAUGUCAAAAGCAUGCAGGAAAACUUGACUCACUUGAAAAACUGUACAAGAAAUCACCACAAAAGAUUGAAAAGCCGUCAGGAAUGCAUCACAGUACUGUUCAAACAAAUGUGGCAUUCAUUUAUAGUCCAUCUACACAAUCUUCAAAUGAGCCAGUGUUGUUAGAAAAUGGAUUGCCUGAUAGUGUUCCCAUUGAUGAUGGAACUCAUGAUAUUGAGGAGACGGUGCGAACGGCACCUUCAAAUGUUCAUCAAAGUUUUCUUGAAGACUUUGGAGAUGCAUCAGCAAAUGUUGGUCCAGUAGAGAAUAGUGCCGGUAGUGCACUUACACCUCAACAAUCGAACCGUCCAACUGACGCGGAAAAACAUCUUUACAUGGAAGAAACUAGAACAAUAAAUUAUGGCGAGUUCAAGUCUGGUUGGAAAUCUGACUUUUCCGGUAGAGGACGAAUUGAAAUGGUGGCCAAUGUUUCUGCUAAUAGAUUAUCCACCGGUUCAAAUAAUCACAUCACCAAAGUUAGCACUGAUGACAAGGUUCUAGCCGAUAAUGACUUCAAGAAUGGGGCCAACAUAUCUUGUGAUAUCGAUGAUCCGACAUUGGGAGUCUUUGUUACACAUACAUUGAUUGUUGAAGUUGUUGUUGCUGAAGAAUUGGUUCACCACGUUGACCGUAGGAAUCCAAAUAAUCUUCACCCAACAAGUAGCAGAGACUCCGUCAAUCUCAGAAGAAGAUCAUCCUCGAGUUCGGCUCCUUCCAACCAAUCACCCAACUUGGCGCCUACCGCCUCAAACACUGCGGUAAAAAACAAUCAAUUGACGGGCGUUCCAACUGGAGCGGCACGUGUGUUGAGAAUGCAAUUCAAACUUCCCAUUACUGAAAGAUCAGGGCUUGGAAUUGCAUGGGAUGAUGAAGUUCCACCAACAUAUGAGGAUGUAAGGACGUUGAGUCCUCCCAAUUAUCAAGACCAAUCUGUGAAUAUAACACCUACUCUUGGGGCAUCAUCGGUACAGGAGAGAUCAACACCAAAUGUGUUGUAUGGUAGAGGAGAAACUCCCAUUGUAGGCAGUUUUGGGUUACAAGGACAAAAUCAGCAAAGCUUGGAUGGUAUGAUGGACAACAUGCAAGAACUUUCUAUAUAG